GCUCCUCCUCUCCGCUGCCUGCUCCCACAUGUAACGUUAUCACCCUCCGUCUGUCUGUUGCAUUGUCUCAUUGGGGACGCAGCGUACAGGAGCACAGCACCAUGGUAACUCCACCGGACCGGGAAGCUCAUAAGUGACAUUUAAGAGAGAAAAAGGAUCGAGUCAACAGGAAAUGGAGACAUGGCUGGUUGAUGUUUCCUCGGUGUGCCGGUGGACUCAUUAAUUCAGUGCCAGUGCGCAGGGCCGCCUGAAGCUGUGGCUGCAUGGCACGUUAGAGAUGGUGAUUAUAUUUUCUUUAUCGCGUUAAUUCAAGCGGGUACUAUGCUGCUGUCGCUCGUCCGGACCUGUGUUGCUCUACCUGGAGCUGCACCUUAAGCCUGGUCGUUCCUCUCACCCGUUGCGCAGAGACUGAGCGGUGGUCAGCGGUGCGCCCCGGUUCCGCCUGCCCGGCACCCCGACGAGGAUGGCCGGCCGCCGCGGCUGCGUGAACUCGCUGUGGUCGGGCACCGAGCGCGUCCGCAUCGGAGAGCGCCUCAAAGCGACCCUCGCCGGGGUGAUGGAGCUGGAGCUGCUCAGGUGCAAACACCUGGAGAUGGUGGACGCCGUUCUGGAGGACCGAGCCGCUGAGGAGCCGCGGGCGGCGGAGGAGGAAGGGAGCGGGACCCCGGAGAGCGCCGCCUCGGAAGCGGAGCAUGGCUCUGCGACAUCCCGCAGGCAACAGGCUCCGUCUCCCUCAGACAUUGCGGUGUUGCCCUGUCAGAGCAGCCCAGAGGACUGUGGCAGUAAUUCAGGGGACGGGACGGUCCACUCCUCAUCUGGCAGGGGGAGUAACUCACGCUGGUCCACUCUGUCCUGGGACGCCCCCUCUGACCUGCUCUCUCCCCCAACACCAGACCCCAGUGGUAUGGUCCAUCUGGACAGUGACUCCCGACCUAGUUCAGGUUUCUAUUCAGUGAGCGGGAGCUCUCUGUCGGACUCCUGCUACUCUGUGUCCAGUGAUGCUGCUCAGGGAGGAUCGGCGCCACUGGCCAGACCUCUGAAGCUGUGGGAGCAGCUUCCUCUGUCGACUGACAACACUGACAUCCUGUGGUCAGAGGCUGCAGUGCAGCAGCAGCAGCAGCAGCAGCAGCAGCAGCCUGCACUGCAGAGCAGCCAGGAAGACGCUGAACCAACAGAAGAGACACCAGCUUCAGUCCAAAGUGACAUCGAAGCGACUGGUCUGAGCUUCCUGACAGACCUCUGCUCAGGACUUGGUGACUCCCUGAUUGCUUCCCUCCUCCAGCUUCUCGACGCCACCCCCUCUUCCUCCACUUCCACCUCCACCCUCCCUCAAAACCCCCAGCUGGACCCUCGCUACUGUACGGACCUGGUGUCCCGUCGGACCAAAGAGGUGUACCCCUUCCCCAGCCCCCUGCAUGCUGUCGCCCUCCAGAGCCCCCUCUUUACCUCCCAGAGCCAGGAGCAAUCAGCGUCUCCGAGCCCUGACGGUCUCCAACUAGAUGAACCACAAGAAUCCAACACUGAUCCAGCUCUGCCUCUCCACCCUCACCAGCCCCCUGCCCAAGCUUCUCUCACCCAGCUGGAGCAGUACAUCUCUCGACUGGCUCGCCAGUACCACAGUCGGGUAAACUCCUCCAUCUCCGAUCUCCCUUCAGCUGCCACCCCUGGUCAAGUCAGGCACAGAGGCCUUUGUACCCCUGGCAAAAGCCAUGGUUCCACCCAGUCCCUUUCUGCCUUCGAGAGCCGCAGUACACCCUCCACCCUGCCGGGGGGCAGCAUCACUCCCUGUAAGUCACUGCUGGGAAACUCUGCCAGAAUCAGCCUCAGCACCACCGGGAAAAAAGCCACUAGGAAUUCAAUCAACCUGGGUAACCUUCCUUCAGCAACCGGAGAGGACUUGAACAUAAACCUGCAUCUCAACCUCAACUUGAACCUGACUCCAGGUUUGAAUUCUAGCCAGGGACUGGCGGACAAUCCCAAAAAUGGCAGCUGUGGAGCUCUGAGGAGCGACUUCACUUCAGCUUCCACUGCUUCUGCUACAUCACUCUCCACCACUACACCCACCCCAGCACUUAGGGCUCGCCCUCGCAUUUCAACAUGUCCAAGCAGCCUGAGCCACCGCAGCUCCCUGGAGGUCACUUCAGCGUCUGGACCCAGUCCUGGAUUCGGGUCCUCUAACUUCUGUCGUUCAUUAGACUGGAGCAGUGGUGCUCCACCUGAGACUGGACCGUCAGCGUUUGGUACAAAUUCUGGAUCGGCUCCUGGGUCUCAGCGCAGUAGCUUGAUCCAAGAGUCCAGCUCCAGUCCCAAGCUAAGCGAAGAUUCCCCCAUGGUGGGGGAGAUCUCCCGCCUUUCCGGCCUCUCUCGGGCUGUUGUGGUGGGACUGAUGGAACAAGGUGUGGAGCUGGAUAUUGACUGCUUCCAAACAGAUACUGCAGGCGAGGUGAGGGGUCACAGUAAAACCCACCUGACACCCCAGAUAGAUCAGUCGCAUGACUAUACUAGACUGACCGACCUGAAUCCCCAGAGACCAAUACAGCUGUCUCUUAGCGUCACCCAUUCACCCCAGUCUCAGUCCAGCCUCACCCCUCCUCUCUCACACUCCAGCAGCCCCAUACACCCUUAUCAGUCCAUCCAUAUUGCCCCUUCUCACUACUCCUCACACUGCCAUUACCAGCAGACCCCUUCCCCAUCCGAUCUACCCUCUUCUACAGCCUCCUCCCCUGCCUCCCGCCCAACUGCCAGGGGUCGCUCCCCUCCCCGACCUCUCCAGCCAUCUCCUCUGGGUGCCACACCGCUUACUGUUUUCCGACGGGAUGCGCCCUUCCAGUGCUCCCUGCCUCGCACCAAUACAAGGAGCUCUCCUUUGGAGCACGGCGGCAUCCAACACAGGGGUGGAUCACUUCGGCAGAGUGGGGGAGGAAGUGGGGGUAGCGGUGGUUGGAAGAGGGCAGAGGGGGAGGGGCUUUAUAGAGGAAAGCACGCCUCCCACAAGUUGAUCCGGGCAGCCACAGUUAGCAGCUAUGCCAAGAGAGAGGACUAUAGCUCCGUCUGGGCUGAGGAGCAGGAGAGGGAGCAGUCAGCAGCCCAUAUGCCCAAGAAGAACUCCAACAAGCUCUGGAGGGGCUUUGAGGGACGCCUUUGGAGCAAAGAGUCCGAAAGCGAAAGGGAGGAGAUGGACAGAGCGGAGUAUGGCUACGGAUGGAGGAGGAACAGUGUUGGGAGCUGGAGGAGAGAGCAUCGAAGGAUGAAGGCUUCAACCAGCAGUAACGACAAGAGGCCGAAAGUAGAGAACUCCCCCAUCUUCUCAAAGAAGAGAGGGAAGGAAGACGGAGAGAGACGAAGUACGAGCCUCAGGCUUUCCAGAAGGGCUUUGUUCAGGAGCGAGUCUCAAGGCCUGCUGGUGCCUCGUAACCACGGCGAGGAGCCCACAAGGCGGGCACACUGGGUCUCCUCGUUAGAUGUGGGGCAAGGUGGCCUCAGCAAAGACGAAGGCCUCAGACUGCUGAGAGCAAAGGAGGAAGACAAACGCCUGUCCUCCACCGCCAGCCUCUUUAACCUCUCUCGCUCUCAGAGCCUGGAGGGCAGCUGCCACUCCCUCUCCCCUCUCUCCUCCCCUUCCUUCUCUCCAUCCCCUCCUCCGCGGGCACCCCUCCAGCGCUCUCGAUCACUGAGGGACUUGGGGAGGAGAGUUUUUGGCUCCAUGAGGUCCCUGAGUCUCAAACGGAAGCCAUCCAAGAAGUGAAGCUUGUACAAUAAAUAAAUGCAUCUUCCAUGUGUUACGUUCAAAACACCAGUGACGGUUGGUAUUAUAUUUCAUGUAAAGGGAAGUGCCAUCAUUUUAAUGCAAUACUUCCUCCCCCAAAUGACCAUGUAUGUAUCAAUUCCUCACCCAGUGUUACACUAAAUUUGUGAAGCUUUUCUUUUCACAUGCCUACAGUGAAUAAAGAAUCCAAAAACAUUUAACAACAGCACAACUAUAGAUGGGUUUCCAUCAAACUUUAACCCGAUUUUUUAAAAAAUCGGCAAAACAAAAUGCGAAUUUUUGCAGUUUUUCUAUCCACUACUAAAUACUGGAAGCUGGUUCGUUGAGGUUAGCAGAAGGUGGCACUAAUUGUCUGAUCAGGUGCCAUAAUACCACUGCAGAAGAAGAGUGCCAGUCCAACUUAAGACGAAAGAAAACAGUUGAUAUACUGUAUAUAUAAUAAAGGAGAGCACAUUGGACAAUGAAAAUAGAGUUUUGAACAGCUCAUAGUACAGCUAUGUGCUCCUGGAAGAGUUCUGGUAACUGUCCUGAGUACAUAAGGGUGUUAAAAGCCUCCAGAAAUAACAAGGACAGCUUGCAGUGGCCUAUGCCAUGAUAGUACGUCAUGAUUGUGCAUCAUCAUUUAUUCACUUGGUCUGUUGCCACUGCACUUAGUUGCCUUUUCCUUUUAUCGAUACACAAACUUUUCACCUCGUCCAAGCUUUUUGUGAGAUUUUUUAAAUAUUUGCUGUUUCCACUCAUGUUGCAAAUUUAAAAUGCGCAUAAAAAGAGGCGGAUGGAAACACACCUUAUAUCAAAACAUCUAUUUAUAAACUGUCACACACGUUGUGCAGUAUAAUCCAAGUGUCAUUUAUCCAGUCGUGUGCUCAGUACUCUCUAAACAGACAGCCCUUCCUGAUGGGGAACUGAACUGAGAGUGAAACAUGUCUGUACUCUACAAAGCCAGACUCCAUUGACAAAAACAGUGAUUUUACCUCACUAAACACAGGAGCUGCUGCCUCGAUCAGUUAGUUUGUGUUAUUUUGUGACUUUGGUGGUUUUUUUUCUUAAACUACCAUUUAAGGCGACAGUAGACCAGCAGCUCCUGUGGCAGUUUGUGAGAGGCCGUUUACACGUACACGGUGAUUUUGAUAAACGGAGACAUCUUCCUUCGUUUGUGCCCUUAGUUUACACGCAAACGGAGAUUUCUCCUCUGAAAACGAGUCUUUCUAAAAACUCCGGCCAGAGUGGAGAUUUUGGAAAACUCCGGUUGCGCGUUUGCAUGUAAACUGAGAUAAACGGAGAUAAACGGAGUUAUAGGCAGCCGACGUCACAGUAUGCGCCGGAACUUGCGCCUGUGUCAAAAGUGCGACCUAUGUUGCUAUGGUGACAAUGGAUACAUGGAAGGCUUGAGCUUCUUGUUACACUGCCACCUACAGGUUUGGCAUGCUCUUGUGUAUACUAUAUACACGGGUAAGUGUAAACGAAGAUCUUUUUGAAAACGGAGACGGUGAAAUGUCCGUUUAUGAAAAUAGCCGGCAAUGUGUAAACGGCCUCUUAGAGGCCUCCCGAUUGUUUUUUUGCUCACACUAAAGGUGCAGCAAGAUUAUCUAAUCACUUUCAGCUGUGUGACGAGGGUGUGUCCUAUUCAGAUCAGUGUGCCUCAGUAUGACUGCUGAUUUUGGAGAAGACUGAGGGCCCAAAUGUUAUCUGAAUAAAAGAGAAAUGCACAUGGAGCCAGAAACUUGUUUCCUUCUUUUAAAAUUACUGUUUUUGUCAAUGGAGUCUGGCUUUAAAGAGAGCACUGAUACAUUUCACUAUCACUCAAGUUACCCAUUGUUUGGAGGUCCUGAGCAUACGACUGGAUAAAUGAGACUUGGAUUAUAGUCCACGAGUUGUGUCAGAGUUUAUUAACAGAUGUUUUUAUAUAUAUGUUUUGCGGUUGUUAAACAUGGACCCCUAUAACUUUAAUUCAUCAAGAAUUUUCUCCUUUUUUGGAUUCUUCGUUCACCAGCGGCAAAGUUUUCUUCACGUAUUCAACGUAACACAGGGUGAGUACUUGAUACACAAAUAGACAUUUGGGGAAGUGAAGUAUUCCUUUAAAGCUUCUGAUUGAUCAGACAGAUACACUGGUUUAAUAAUACUGGCCAUAAGAUAUCUGCCAGUUCUUUCAUCCACUACUAAUACGAUGGAAGCUCCUCUCAGGCACAUAGUCUGUAAAACCUGCUAUUAAUUUUGCUCUUGGCUCACGUCAUUCAUCUUAGUAAUGUUUUUGUAAAUUUUUAAAGACAUAGACACUUUUUAUAGCCUCCCCAAAAAACUGCAAAAUGUCAGAAUUCUCCCAAACAGGUUCUGCAGUAUAAUCACAGUGCUUUGCAGCCAAUUGGUCUCACUGUCUCCCAAAGUCAUUCCUCACUGACAAUGUUUUCUUGCAAACUGUACACGGAGGUUGUCAUGAUACAGAAUUUAAACUUCAAUACAAUACUAUUAUAAAUAAGAUGCUCAAUAGUAUGGCAAAAAAUACAUUAAUUAAAUAUACACAGUGCUGGUACAGAAAAAAUAACUUAACACGUGACAUGUUCGCGUAGUUGCUGGAGAAAAUGCCGUGACAGCCACAGGUAGAGGACCAGAUGCUUUUCUUUCCUGUUGUUUCAUUUGUGCAGCCUUGCGUUGAAAAUCUGAUUGUAGAUCUGUUUUAAUUUUAUAGCUCUGAUGCUUUUGUUACUAUCAAAUAUAAUAAUCAACAAAUGGUAUUGUUUCAAACAUGUAUUGAAAAAGUCUCUAUGUAUCGAUACCUUCGACAACCUUAUCGUGCAUCCUACAAUAGCAGGCAACAGCACUGAAGGGUGCAGCGUGACCCACGGAGAAAUGUCAGUGAAGGAAACAUGGGUGACAACUUAAUUUAAGGGUGAAUCAUUCCUUUUGGAGGCUGCAAAGAACUACAAACCUUUUAAAAAAAACGUAGUGUGGGUUUCAGUGGAGUUUUUCAUGGUGUGAAUGCCGUUUUAAAGGAUUUAAUAUCUAAACAGAACACUAUUCUGGGCUGAGGAACAGCCCAAUAUAAAGAUAUUGAAUAUGAACUCAUGAUAUUGGCUCUGAGGAGAAUCCUCCUGUAACCAUGAGUAUGAAUGUGUAUGUGUACACUCCCCCCUCUGCAUGCUGCUCUGUGACUUGUUCAGUGAUUAUAGCUAUUGUGAGAAUGUGAUAUUCCUCUUUGUUUAUGGGCGACAGUGCCUCUGAAGUACAAUCACAUUGGCCAGAUAAUGACCAAAACCAAGCAAAUACUCUUUAACUUGAUAUUGUGCUCAGGAUUUUCAAAUAAAUAUUGAAUGAUUAAAAAAUAUUGAUGAGUUAUUUGAGACAAACUGUGGCUUCUCAUGGCUUAUGAUUAAUAAAAGGAACCUAUGACUCAA